UGAGGCGUUCCUUUACGUCAACAAACCCAACAAUGAACUGUCUCGUUUGACGUACAUCACACGCGGAAGAGUCGUAAUUUUUCCUCAAGGAAGGGUCCUGAAUCUGCCAGAUCCUCAUCUUAUGUCUAAUUUAAAUGAAUACUCGUUAAACGGCUUCCCAGAGAGCGUUCUAGUAUAUCUAACAUCACUUCGUAAUGCUAGUUUUGGCGCCGGAACAUUCCCAGAUCUCGUAUAGUCUCUGUUCAUUAAUUUAUUAAUAUACUCUCUGCAAACAUCCUAAUCUUCCUAAGCGUGUUUCAAAAAAUUCCAUUUUUUUUUCUCGGGCAUAUAAAUGAGAGAGGGCGAAUCCGCUGCGUGCAGUUUCCAAGUGGGAGGCCGAGAGCAUUGGAUUUUGGUAGGUUUCCAUCGUUCUGGAGUCGUGGAAGAUCCAAUCGAGGGAGGUAUGCGGUGAAAGAAAGUGUGCUGUAGACAGAUUGGUCCCACCUAUGAUUCUGAGCACCUGGAGGCGUUUAUAUUUCCUUUAAAGGUCUUUCCAAAUGUUACGAGCCGGAAGAUUCCAGACAGGGACAGUGAGAGAUACGCGCUGGGUGGCUGCCAUGAUUUCUCCCCUCUGCGAGCUUGGAAAUCAUUGCUAGUAUUAGGCCGUGUUUGGGCUGAAAUCUCUGGUUUCUUAGGUUUUAGAGUCGUUUGGUUGAUUUCCGUAGAAAAAAGGGGAUCUUGGCCCUUUGCGGUGGGGGAAGCCCUAGAAAGGUGAGAUCUUUUUUUGGCUUUUCUGACGGUUUGAAGAGGCCGUAGAACUGAACUCGGAGAGUUUUGGUGUGUUUUUUUAGGGGUCUCUCAGCCGUCCAUAAGCUCCAAUCCUUUGGCAAGUAUAGGAGAGGCGGUUGCUGUCGUUUUCUCCAUUUCUUUUGUUUUUCUAUUCGGGUACAGGAGUAGUUCCAUUUUCCUCUUUCUAAGCUUUGUUCUCAUUCGCCAACUCUAUCAUGGAGGGGUUCAUCUUUCCUGAUCUUCUACUUAGUUCUGGGCUAGCUCAUGGCGCUGGUGUCUCGGUGGGGCAGCCAUGUUUGCCUUAGCUGAGUCGUCGGUUUCUUGAUCGGACCGAUCUUGCCUUAAAUCAGAAGGUUCUUCUGUUAGUGUUCGAAUUCUUCAUUACUUGCAGGAAGGAUGAGAGGAGCUGUUCUGGUGGCACUAGCUGCCACAAUUGGUAACUUGUUGCAAGGAUGGGACAACUCUACUAUCGCAGUUGUCCCAUCCUUAAGAUUCCAGGAGAAUUCUCAUAAUUAAUACUUUUGCAACUUCUGCAUUUCUGAACAUGAUAGCCCUGCGAAUUUUCUGAUUAGUGGUGCUGUUCUUUUUAUAAAGAGGGAGUUCCAAUUGGAGUCAGAGCCCACUAUAGAGGGGUUAAUUAUAGCCAUGUCACUUAUUGGGGCCACAAUUAUCACCACAUUCUCUGGAGCUGUAUCAGACUGGUUUGGUAGGCGCCCGAUGCUAAUUGCUGCAGCAGUCUUCACCUUCCUCAGUGGUCUGGUGAUGCUAUGGUCUCCCAAUGUCUAUAUCCUACUUUUGGCAAGGCUAAUAAAUGGAUUCGGAGUGGGGCUAGCAGUUACACUUGUUCCAAUAUAUAUUUCUGAGACAGCCCCACCAGAGAUAAGGGGAUUGCUAAAUACUCUACCGCAGUUCAGUGGAUCUGGAGGCAUGUUUCUGUCAUACUGUAUGGUUUUUGUAAUGUCAUUAAUGUCAAACCCAGACUGGAGAGUGAUGCUUGGAGUUCUCUCCAUCCCUUCCCUCAUUUAUUUGGCAUUGACCAUAUUUUAUUUGCCCGAAUCUCCAAGAUGGCUUGUAAGCAAAGGGCGAAUGGUAGAAGCAAAAAAGGUUUUGCAGAGAUUACGUGGAAGAGAAGAUGUAUCAGGAGAAAUGGCUCUUCUUGUGGAAGGCUUGGGGGUAGGGGAUGAGACAACUAUUGAAGAGUACAUAAUUGGCCCUGCUAAUGUGCUUGCUGAUGACCAUGGAGAAACUGCUGAUAAGGAACUGAUUACACUGUAUGGGCCUGAAGAGGGUCUCUCCUGGGUUGCCUGGCCUGUGAAGGGACGAAGCGCCCUUGGAAGUGCACUUGCGCUUGUCUCUCACCAAGGUAGCAUGGAGUCUCAAAGUAAUACUCUUAAGGACCCUCUGGUCAUUCUUUUUGGAAGUGUUCAUGAGAAGCUCCCAGAAAUGGGAAGCUUGAGAAGCACACUCUUUCCAAAUUUCGGCAGCAUGUUUAAUGUGGCAGAGGAGCAACCCAAAACUGAGCAGUGGGAUGAGGAGAGUCUUCAAAGGGGGGGUGAAGAUUAUGCAUCUGAUGCUGGAGGAGCUGACACGGAUGACAACUUGCAGAGUCCACUUCUCUCUCGCCAAGCAACAAGCAUGGAAGGGAACGAUAUUGCCCCACUGCAUGCUGGCCAUGUGAGUGUUCUAAGUAUGAGGCGAAAUAGCAGUCUCAUGCAAGGGAAUGCUGCGGAAUCAAUCAGUAGUAUGGGUAUUGGUGGAGGAUGGCAAGUGGCUUGGAAAUGGCCUGAGAGAGAAGGUGUGGAUGGGAAGGAGGGAGGCUUCAAAAGAAUCUAUCUGCAUCACGAAGGUGUCCCUGGUUCAAUGAGGGGAUCCCUUGUUUCACUUCCUGGAGCUGAAGUCCCAGGACAUGGUGAAUUUGUCCAGGCUGCUGCUUUGGUAGGCCAGCCUGCUCUUUAUUCAAAGGAGGUAAUGGACCAGCAUCCAAUUGGGCCAGCAAUGGUUCAUCCAUCAGAGACAGCUGCUAAGGGGCCAAGGUGCGCAGAUCUUCUUCAACCUGGAGUCAGACAUGCUUUGUUCAUGGGAGUUUCGCUUCAAAUCCUUCAGCAG